UGGCGGCGAGGAGAAAAAGCUGAAGGUUGCUGCUGCUGUAGUUGCACCCGCUGUCUCCAGGAAGGAAGGAGAAGACUUGUUGCUGGGCGACCUCCUCACACACGCCCCGUGUUCAGCCUCGGGGGCCCCCUUCUGCCCGCCUUUGCCCGGGGGAGGCAGGCAGAGCUCCUGGUGGCCUAUGGGAGGCGGGUGGCCGCCGCGGCCCGCGCUGCCCCCAUGGAUCUCCGCGUGGCGGUCUACAACGCGGCCCGGGAAGGGAAGCUGAAGCUGCUCCAGAAGUUGCUGGGAAGCAGGAGCCGCGAGGAGCUGGAAGAGCUGACGGCGGGGCCCGGCGGGGGGGAGGGUUCCGGGGGCACCCCGUUGCUGAUUGCUGCCCGCCACGGGCACCGGGAGGUGGUGGAGUACCUGCUGGAUCACUGCGGAGCCCGGGUGGACGUGGGAGGGUCGGUCAACUUUGACGGCGAGACCAUCGAGGGGGCGCCCCCCCUGUGGGCUGCUUCGGCCGCUGGGCAUCUGCAGGUGGUGCGUAGCUUGCUGGAGCGCGGGGCUUCCGUGAACCAGACCACGCUGACCAACUCGACUCCGCUGCGGGCAGCCUGCUUCGAUGGGCACCUGGAGAUUGUGCGCUAUUUGGUAGGGGAGCGCGGAGCCGACUUGGAGGUGGCAAACCGCCACGGCCACACCUGCUUGAUGAUCUCUUGCUACAAAGGGCACUCCGAGAUCGCCCGCUACUUGCUGGAGAGAGGGGCGGAUGUGAAUCGCCGCAGUGUCAAGGGGAACACUGCUCUGCAUGACUGUGCCGAAUCUGGGAGCCUGGAGAUCCUGCGGCUCUUGCUUGGCUCUAAGGCCCGCAUGGAGAAGGAUGGCUAUGGCAUGACCCCGCUGUUGGCUGCCAGUGUGACUGGCCACACCAAUAUUGUGGAAUACCUCAUAGAAGGAGCCCUCAAGGAGGAGGAGGUGGCAGGGACGAGGGGAACAAAUGACUCUGCUUGUAGUGGGGUGGGGUGUGAAGAGGACCAUGAAGACUGCUCUGCCACUUCCCCCACUGAAGGACAAUCCCAGGUUUACUGCACUCUAGAAGCUGCUGUGGAAGCUCUGGAAUUGCUGGGAGCCACGUUUGUGGACAAAAAGCGUGAUCUUCUUGGGGCUCUCAAAUACUGGCGCCGGGCUAUGGAACUUCGACACAAGGGUGGGUGUUAUCUUGCUAAACCCAUGCCUCAGCAGUUGGUGCUGGCAUAUGACUAUUCCCGGGAGGUGAGCACAAUGGAAGAGCUCGAGUCCUUGGUGACUGAUCCUGAUGAAAUGAGGAUGCAAGCAUUGUUGAUCCGGGAGCGUAUUCUUGGGCCGUCUCAUCCAGAUACUUCUUACUACAUUCGCUACCGAGGGGCUGUCUAUGCUGACUCGGGGAACUUUGAGCGCUGUAUCCAUCUCUGGAAGUAUGCCCUGGAGAUGCAACAGGGCAACUUGGAGCCAUUGAGUCCCUUGACAGCGAGCAGCUUCCUCUCCUUUGCUGAGCUUUUCUCUUACGUUCUUCAGGACCGUUCAAAAGGCACCUUAGCCACCCAGCUGGGUUUUUCUGACCUCAUGGGGGUUCUUGGAAAAGGAGUUCGUGAGGUUGAGAGGGCCUUACUGCACCGGAAAGAUCCCAUUGCAGACUCUGCACAGUUCACCAAGGCCCUGGCUAUUAUCCUCCACCUGGUGUUCUUGCUGGAGAAAGUGGAAUGCUCUCCCGAGCAAGAGCAUCAGAAACGUCAAACUAUCUACCGCUUGCUCAAAUGUAACCCACGGGGCAAAAAUGGCUUCACCCCUUUGCACAUGGCAGUAGACAAGGAGACCACUACUGUUGGCCGUUACCCUGUGGGGAAGUUCCCUUCACUCCAUGUGGUGAACCUUCUGCUGGAAUGCGGGGCUGACCCCGACAGCCGUGACUAUGACAACAACACCCCCUUGCAUGUGGCUGCACGAAACAACUGCCCGCUCAUUAUGAAUGCUCUCAUAGAGGCCGGAGCCCAUAUGGAUGCUACCAAUGCCUUCAAGCAGACAGCCUAUGAACUCCUGGAUGAGAAGCUCCUCACCAAGGCCAUGAUGCAGCCCUUCAAUUACAUCACCUUACAGUGCCUCGCCGCCCGAGCCCUUGACAAGCACAAGAUACCUUACAAGGGUUUCAUCCCAGAAGAGUUGGAGGCCUUCAUUGAACUCCACUAGGGGUGGGUGGGCUGUAUUUGGUUCUCCUAUCCCCCUAGAUCUUAUUGGCUGGGUGGAAGGAAUUGUGGGGAGGGGGGGCACAGUCUUCCUUGGCUCUGGGUUCUAAAAGCUUUUAUUUGCACUGGGCUGGGUUACAGCUGCCAUCCCUUUCUUCAAUCCAGCACUCAACUCCGAGAGGGAAAUUAAUGAUCCAAGCUUUUAGCCGCCCACCCCAGGCGGCCAGGCUCUAUGGCAGCCAGCACUGGGGGUGAGGUGGUAGGAGGGCAAGUCAUGGUUUCUGCUUGCCCUUUAUUGCCAACUAAUUUGUUAGGAAACCAGCGUCGUUUACGUUUGUUCCUCGCUCCUGAAAGUCAGCCUGCCUUAUAAGCUUUGGAGUUGCCAUGGUCACAAAAGCCCUUCCUCUCCUAUUCCUUGAGCACACACCCAUGCAAGGAACUAAAUCCCAGUCUUAAAUUGCUUGCUUGCUCUUUUGGGUUUGGCUCCUAAGCCGGAGAGGUGAUUGCCAAAUGCUCUGCAGAGAGUGCUAGAGUUGCUGCUUGCACAGUUUACAAAGCUGAAUUUUGGAUACAGACCAGCUUCAAAGAACAAAGCGGCAUCCCUUGGUGUAGUGAUCAGAGUGUCAGACUAGAACCUGGAAGACCCAAGUUUGAAUCCCCAUUCAGCCUUAAAGUAUGCCGAGUGAUUCUGGGCCAGUCACGUUCUCUCAGUCUCAUCUCUCUGAAGAUAAAAUGGAAGGAGGAGAACCUGGUGAGCUGCGCUGAUGAACGGCA